AUGGCUCCUCUCACUCACCCCUCGGUCGUCGACGGCUGGUUCAGGGAGAUCAACUCCCAAUGGCCAGGCCAGGCCAUGACCCUCAAGGUCGAAGAGAUCCUCCACACCGAAAAGUCCCUCUACCAGGACGUCCUCGUCUUCCGUUCCUCGACCUACGGAAACGUCCUCAUCCUCGACGGCGUCAUCCAGUGCACCGAGCGUGACGAGUUCUCUUACCAAGAGAUGAUCACCCACUUGCCUAUGGCGUCGCACCCGAACCCCAAGAACGUCCUCGUCAUCGGUGGAGGUGACGGUGGUGUCAUCCGAGAGGUCCUCAAGCACGACACGGUCGAGCACGUUACCCUCUGUGAUAUCGACGAGGCCGUCGUCAGGGUCUCGAAGGAGUACCUCCCGCACAUGUCGGCCAUCUUCAAGGACCCCAAGGUUACCGUCUUUAUCGGUGACGGGUUCAAGUUCUUGCCCGAGCACGAGAACGAGUACGACGUCAUCAUCACCGACUCGUCCGACCCCGUCGGUCCCGCCGCCGCCCUCUUCGAGGCUCCUUACUUUACCCUGUUGAAGAAGGCGCUCAAGGAGGGAGGUCACAUGUCCACCCAAGGAGAGUCCUUGUGGUUGCACUUGCCCUUGAUCAAGGAGUUGAGGGAGACCACCAAGCGUCUCUUCCCCGUCGCCGAAUACGCCUACACCACCAUCCCCACCUACCCCUCGGGACAGAUCGGAUUCGUCUGCUGUUCCCUCGACCCGGAGCGAAGCGUCUCUACCCCCCUGCGAGAGGUUCCCGGGUGCAAGUACUACAAUUCGAACGUCCACCGAGCGGCUUUCGUUCUCCCCGAAUUUGGAAGGGCCAUGGUCGAGGACGGUAACCUCAUCCAGGAAGACUUUGCCGGUGUCCGACCGGGUAUGGAGAAGGAGUCCAACAGCUCGAACAAGGACAAGCGGGUGCUCGUCCUCGGUUCCGGGUUCGUUGCCGCCCCGGCCGUCGAGUACAUCGUCAAGAAGGGCUACCAGCUCACCGUCGGGUGCCGAACCAUCGAGUUGGCCGAAAAGAUGGUCACCGCCUUCCCCGGUGCCAACACCGUCCAGGUCGACGCCACCUCGCCUGAAUCUUUGGACAAGGCUUUGAAGGAGUGUGACUUGGUCGUCAGCUUGAUCCCUUACAUCCACCACGCUGCCGUCAUCGAGUCGGCCAUCAGGAACAAGAAGCACGUCGUCACUACCAGCUACGUCUCGCCGGCCAUGAAGGCGCUCGAGGACAAGUGCAAGGAGGCCGGGAUCGUGGUCAUGAACGAGAUCGGUUUGGACCCUGGUAUCGACCACGUCGGAGCCGUCAAGAUCAUCGACGACGUUCAUAAGAAGGGAGGCAAGGUCCUCAGCUUCAUCUCCAUGUGUGGUGGACUUCCCUCGACUCCCGCUGCCAACAACCCGCUCGGAUACAAGUUCAGCUGGUCCGCCCGAGGCGUCCUCCUCGCUCUGCGAAACACCGGAGUCUUCUACCGUGACGGCAAGGUCGUUACCGUUCAGGGCAAGGACCUCAUGUCCGAGGCCAAGCCUUACCCGGUCUCCAACCCGGCUUACAACUUCAUCUGUUACCCCAACCGAGACUCUACGCCGUUCAGGGAGUUUUACAACAUUCCCGAGGCGCAGACGAUUCAGAGGGGGACUUUGAGGUAUGCAGGAUUCGAUGACAUGAUCAAGGCGUUUGUCGAGUUGGGCUACUUGGAGGAUGACGCCAAGGAUUGGUUGAAGGAGGGAAGCGAGAUUACGUGGGCCCAGAUCACCGCCAAGGCCAUCGGAUCCGAGGCCAACGAGUCUGCCAUCAUCGAGAAGCUCCGAACCUUGUCCUCGUUCGCCGAGCCCAAGACCAACAUCCUUCUGUCUAAGUUCAAGAAGCUCGGACUCUUCUCGGACGAGGCCGCCGAGGCCCGAGGCAACUUGCUCGACACUCUCUGCGCCCGUCUCGAGAACCUCAUGCAGUACGAAUCCAACGAGGUCGACCUCGUUUACCUGCAGCACACCUUUGUUGUCGAGCGUGCCGACGGCAAGGUCGAGACGAUCACUUCCGUCUUGGAUGAGCAGGGCUCGCCCAACGGGUACUCAGCCAUGGCCAGGCUCGUCGGUGUGCCGUGUGGUAUCGCUGUCGAUCUCGUCCUCCGCGGGGUCAUCAAGACCCCCGGUGUCUUGGCGCCUUAUGACAUCGAGCUUUGCAACGAGCUCGAGAAGGAGUUUGAAAAGGUCAACAUCAAGAUGGUCGAAGAGGUCCUCUAG